UGUACAAGGAGGCGAUGAUGGAGGAGCACCAGCCUCUUAUAUCCCAAGAAAAUCCCAGUAAAAAUUGUAUUGGAAAUGUUAUAUUAUCACUAAAUUCUAAAGCAGAAGAUGAAGAUACCAUGCAGCAUUCUUUAGGAGAAACUCUCAUUACCCUUAAUGUACAUCCAGGACUUCACAGAACAGAUGUAUCUUAUAAUCUCCCUAAUCAUGAGGAACCUCUAGGGGGUAAAAGAUUUCAGUGUGGUAAAGAGUUCAGUAAAAGAUCAAGACUUUCUACACACAAAAGAAUUCUCCCAGGGAAAAAACCAUACUCCUGUGCAGAAAGUGGAAAGCACUUCAGAAAGAAAUCAUAUCUUGUUAGACAUGAAAUAAAUCACACAGAAGACAAGCCGUACUCCUGUUCAGAAUGUGGGAAGUGCUUUACAGAAAAAUCAAGUCUUGUUACACAUGAGAAAAGUCACACAGGAGAGAAACCGUAUUCAUGCUCAGAAUGUGAGAAAUGCUUUAAUAGUAAAUUACAUCUUGUUAUACAUCAGACAAGUCACACAGGGGAGAAGCCAUAUUCCUGUUCAGAAUGUUUUAAGGGCUUUUCAAUAAAAUCAAGUCUUGUUAGACAUAAGAAAAUUCACAAAUCAGAGAAGCCAUACUCCUGCUCAGAAUGUGGUAAAUGGUUUACAGAGAAAUCACAACUUGUGAGACAUGAGAAAAAUCACACAGGAGAGAAACCAUAUUCAUGUUCAGAAUGUGGGAAAUGUUUUACAGCUAAAUCAAUUCUUGCUACACAUGAGAGAUAUCACAUAGGAGAAAAACAAUAUUCAUGUUCAGAAUGUGGGAAAUGUUUUACAUGGAAAUCAGAUCUUGUUAGACAUGAGAGAAUUCACACAGGAGAAAAACCGUUUUUAUGUUCCGAAUGUGGGAAAUGUUUUACCGAUAAAUCAACCCUUGUCGCACAUUGGAGAACUCACACAGGAGAGAAACCAUAUUCAUGUCCAGAAUGUGUGAAAUGUUUUUUAAAAAAAUCGAAUUUUGUUACACAUUGGAGAACUCACACAGGAGAAAAGCCAUAUUCAUGUUCAGAAUGUGGAAAAUGUUUUACAGAUAGAUCCCAUCUUGUUAGACAUGAAAUAAGUCACACAGGAGAGAAGCCAUAUUCAUGUCCAGAAUGUGGGGAAUGUUUUACUAGUAAAAUCAAACUUAAGGAUCAUCAGAAAUGCCACACAGGAGAGAAGCUGUUUUGAUGUUUUAUAUAUUGAAAAUGUUUUGUAAGGAAAACAAAUUCUAUAACUCAUCAGCUCAGAAGAAACCUUAUUAUUUUUUGGGAAUAUAGGAAAUACUGUAAGAGCAAAAAGAAAUGUUAACCCCAGUUAUUCACAGACAGGUAAGUAACUGGGGCUACAUAGCAACAUGUGUACCCAACAGCAAGAAAAGUUGCACAAUGUGUCUGCAACUUGACAAAUCGGCAAAAAUCUGCCAAAUUGCAAAACUGUCACAGUCAAGUUGCACUGGCACCUGACUUGUAUUGUGUUCUAUGAUGGCAAAGUCGCAUAUUACCUGCAACCACAUAUCCAAGUGUCGUGGCAUAUAGCGUGUCACAUUGUGACCAUUUGGCAAUCAAUAGAUGCAGUGUGACAAUGCGACAUUGUGAUUUUCAUACCACAUAACGUAUGUGGACAUAUUAUUAUUUCAUCUUUAUUCAAACAGUUUUUACAGAUAAAAUAAACUCUUCU